AUGGAUGACAGGAACAGUGAGAAGAUUAAUAGUAAUAGUAAAUUGCAGUCCCACCUGAUAAUCCUAAAUAAUCAUUUACUGUGCAGUCGUAAAAGGAAUGGUUCCUGUUAUUUGUCUCAUGUUGUCUCCCACAGGCUGACUGGAUACGGAAUACACCACUGCUUUGCAAAGAGUAUGAUGGGUCAUGAAGAAAUGAUGUCCUUCACCAACAAUUUUUAUGCAGACUAUUACACCAUGGCCAGCAUCACUCUGGUGUCCUGCCUGGCCAUGUGCCCAGUGGUUGGUUUUCUCGGAAGAAGAGGGGGUCUCCUGCUCUUCAUGAUCCUUACUGCUCUGGCGUCUCUUUUACAACUGGGCCUUCUCAACUUGAUAGGAAAAUACAGUCAACUUCCAGACUCAGGUAUGAGUGACACCGUAAAGGACAAAUUCUCCAUUACGUUUUCCAUCGUGGGGAUGUUCUCAUCGCACGCAGUUGGAAGCCUGAGUGUAUUCUUCUGCGCAGAGAUCACCCCAACUGUAAUAAGGGGUGGUGGCCUUGGCCUCGUCCUGGCCAGCGCAGGUUUUGGGAUGCUGACGGCACCCAUUAUGGAACUUCACAACCAGAAAGGCUACUUCCUGCACCAUGUGAUUUUUGCCUGUUGUACCCUCAUCUGCAUCAUCUGCAUUCUCCUCUUGCCAGAGAGCAAAAACCAGAACCUGCCGGAGAACAUUCCAGAUGGUGAACAUUACACCCGGCAGCCUCUCAUACCGCAUAAGAAGGGGGAGCAACCCCUGCUGCUCACGAACUCUGAACUUAAAGAUUACUCCGGCCUCCAUGAUUCGGCAACCGUGAAUGAUGGGGUGACCGAGAUCGUCACUGCCAACGGGAUGAAAGCAAUGUAGGAGGAGGAGGAGGAGGAGGAGCAUUGAGUUGUGGGUUUGC